AUGCUGCAUGGGCGGGAAGCUGAGGAGGAGAGGAAAAAGGAUCGUAUUCGGCACAUGUGGACUGCUCCCACACGUGUUAACAACAAUUCAGUUGUAGGUGCUCCUGAUUUCAUUUCCUCUCCUUCCCCUUCUCCUUCUCCUUCUUCGUUAUCUUCAGCUGAUUCAUUUUACAAGGAAUUAAAGGAAUUGGCUCAGAUUGUCUUUGGAUGGACGCAAGAUCAGUGUUGGAGACUGUGCUCUGUUCAAACCACCGCAGGACUCCCUCCUUUCAUUGGAAUAAUUCAAAGACUUACUUCUGGUAAAGAGAACAAGUUCAAGUUAGGUGUAAAUUGGCUUUAUCGUGCUGCUGACAUAAAGCUUGGCAAAGGCAUCCUUUUGGAAGCUGCGCCAAACGAAGUAUUCUUUUCCUUUCACAAGGAUGAAAUUCCUGCCGCAUCAUUACUACAUCCGUGUAAAGUUGCCUUCCUUCCAAAAAGUGUUGAACUUCCAUCAGGGAUUUGCUCAUUUGUGUGCCGGCGAGUUUAUGACAUUACAAACAAGUGUUUAUGGUGGCUAACUGAUCAGGAUUAUAUUAAUGAACGGCAACAAGUAGUUGAUGAGCUAUUAUCUAAGACACGCUUAGAAAUGCAUGCAACAGUUCAACCAGGUGGAUGUUCUCCGAAGACGAUGAAUGGUCCAACUUCAACAUCACAGGUAAAACCUGGUUCCGAUAGUGCACAGAAUAAUGCCUCCACCUUUCCUUUGCUAUCUAAGGGCAAGAAAAGGGAGCGUGGAGAUCAAGGGUCUGAGCCCAUUAAACGAGAACGUUUUACUAAGAUGGAUGAUGGGGAUUCUAGAGGGGGGCUUGUGGAUUCUGAAGGGGUUGAGAAAUUGGUGCAUCUCAUGCUGCCUGAGAGGAAUGAGAGAAAAGUAGAUUUGGUUGGCCGGUCAAUACUGGCUGGUGUGAUAGCAGCCACAGAUAAGUUUGAUUGCCUAAAUCGGUUUGUGCAGCUGAGGGGCUUGCCUGUAUUUGAUGAAUGGCUGCAGGAGGUGCAUAAAGGGAAGAUUGGUGAUGGUAGUAGCCCCAAGGAUAUUGAUAAAUCUGUUGAGGAAUUUCUAUUAGUUUUGCUUCGUGCACUGGAUAAACUCCCUAUAAAUCUUCAUGCUCUGCAAAUGUGUAAUAUUGGCAAAUCUGUGAAUCAUUUGCGGACGCAUAAGAAUUUGGAAAUACAGAAGAAAGCAAGGAGUUUGGUUGACACAUGGAAGAAGCGUGUUGAGGCUGAAAUGGAUGCAAAUGCAAAGUCUGGCUCUAACCCAGGUGUCUCCUGGCCUGCUAGAUCGCGCCUUACUGAAGUUUCGCAUGGUGGGAACAGACCAUCUGGCGUAUCCUCUGAGGUUGCAAUGAAGAGCUCAGUUGUGCAAAUCUCUGCUUCGAAAAGUGGUCCGGUCAAGCUUGUCCAGGGGGAGACUGUGACCAAGUCUGCAUCAUCUCCCGGGCCGAUAAAAUCGGCAGCAUCACCUGGCUCAGCUGGUAAUAAUUUGAAGGAUGGACAGCCCAGAAAUACUGGUGUCAGUGGCGCCACAGAUUUACCUGUAUCAGCAGCAAGGGAUGAGAAAAGCAGCAGUUCUAGCCAGUCCCACAACAACAGUCAAUCUUGUUCUAGUGACCAUGCCAAAACUGUGGGAUUGUCAGGAAAGGAGGAUGCAAGGAGCUCCACUGCUGUUUCAGUGCCAGCAAAUAAGACUGUGGGUGGCUCUUUGCGGCAUCGUAAAUCAGUUAAUGGGUUUCUAGGCUCAGCUGUAUCUGGGGCCCAAAGGGAUAGUGUGUCGAGCAGAAGUUCUCCCUUGCACAGAAAUCCAGGUUCAGAGAAAUUACAGCACUCCAGUUUGGCAUGUGAAAAGGCACUUGAUGUUCCUGUUGCUGAGGGGAACAGUCAUAAAUUUAUUGUCAAAAUUCCCAACAGAGGUCGCAGUCCAGCACAAAGUUCCAGUGGAGGAAAUUUUGAAGAUGCUUCAGUCAUGAAUAGCAGGGCCUCUUCUCCUGUACUUUCGGAGAGGCAUGACCAGUUUGAUCAUAAUUUGAAGGAAAAAAAUGACUCAGAUCGAGCUAAUAUUACAUCUGAUGUUAAGACUGAGUCGUGGCAAAGCAAUGAUUUCAAAGAGGUGCUUACUGGGUCAGAUGAGGGAGAUGGGUCACCUGCCACUGUUCCCAAUGAAGAGCAUGGUCGGACAGGUGAUGAUACUAGAAAAUUAGGUGAAGUCUCAAAAGCUACACCCUCCUCGACUGUGUAUGAACAUAAACUGGGGAAGUUGCAUGAUGCUUCUUUUAGCUCCAUGAAUGCUUUGAUUGAAAGCUGUGCAAAGUAUUCUGAAGGAAAUGCAUCUAUGUCAGUUGGUGAUGAUGUUGGUAUGAAUCUGCUUGCUAGUGUAGCUGCUGGGGAGAUGUCCAAGUCUGAUAUGGUUUCGCCAACAGAUUCUCCACGGAGAAACAUGUCUAUUGAGCACCCCUGUGCACCCAGUGGUUUGAGAGCAAAAUCAUCUCCAUGUGAUGAUGCUGCUCAAAUCAGAGGUAAGCCUGUUGACAGUGAAGAUGAGAAGAGGGGCAUUAUUGUUGGUACUUCGCUGUCCAAGAAUACAGAGGCCAAAUCAGUUCUGUUUUUGCAAGGAAAAUGCACAGGGGAGCUCAAUGGACCUCCCACCCAUGUGGAUGUGCAGCAAACUGCUGAACCAUGCCUAGAAAGCAAUGUGAAAUCAGAGGAAAUAUUAGUAGCUGCUGUAUCUUCUGCUAGCAUGGUGGUGAAAACAUCGAAUUGUGGGGGCAAAGAACCGUGGGAGAAAGAGGGCGGUGGCAGAUCAAAUGUAGAUGGCAUAUCUGAUGACAAAGAAAAGUUGCAUGGUUCUGUCUUAACCGAGAUCAAUAAUAUAGGAAUGCAAGUUGGGACUGAAGCAAUGGAAGGAUCAUCAUCAAGCCAUCUCGCAGAGGUUGAUGGUGCAAACAAGAAAAAUAUGAAGAAAGAGCUGAACGUUUCUAUUAAGGCAGAGCCAAAACAAACUGCUAUGUUGCACUCUGAUUUUGCAAAAGGAACCAAUGAUGAAGUGCUCCAACCUUCUAGUUCUAGUAAGGAUAUGGUUUCUGAAAACAAGCAUGAGAUGAAGGCUGGUGAAACAGAUGGCAGGAGUCAUUGGACUGAGAAAAAUAAAAUGGAACAUGAAAUUAAUACAGGCUCAGCUGCAACUGAUCAUGAAGGUGAGUGCAAGGUGGAGAGCCCGCGAGGCAAUCAGGUCAAUGAGCGAUGUUGUGCCGUACCAGCUGCUCAUGAGGCAGCACCCACACUUGUUCAGGCACCAGAACAAGUAGCGAGGUCAGCAGGGUCGAAGUUGGCUGGCACAGGAGCUGAUGAAACUGAGGAAUCUACAUCUGCUGCUGCUGAUGCUUCUUCUUUAUCUGCUACAGGGGGAUCGGAUCUGGAAGCGAAAGUUGAAUUUGAUCUGAAUGAAGGCUUUAUUGCUGAUGAUGGGAAAUAUGGGGAGCCAAAUAACUUGAGAGAACCUGUAUGUUCUGCUGAGAGUAAGCUAAUUAGCCAUUUUCCCUUACCAGUUUCUUCUGUGUCUAGUGGGCUUCCUCCUUCCAUUACAGUAGCUGCUGCUGCAAAGGGGCCCUUCGUUCCACCAGAGGAUUUACUUAAGAGUAGAGGGGAGCUUGGUUGGAAGGGAUCAGCAGCCACAAGUGCAUUUCGGCCAGCUGAACCAAGAAAAGCUUUUGAGAUUCCAUCAGGUACAGCCACUAUGUCACUCCCUGAUGCAAAUUUUUCCAAGCCUGGUCGCCCCCUGUUGGAUAUCGACUUGAAUGUUCCUGAUGAAAGAAUCCUUGAGGAUUUGGCUUCACGAAGUUCUGCUCAGGAUACAGUGUCUGUCUCUGACCGUGCAAAAACUAAUGAUCGUCCAUGUGAUGCAUUGAUGGGUUCAAUGUCUGUUCGAAGCUCUGGGGGACUUGAUCUUGAUUUGAAUAGAGUGGAUGAGGCAAGUGAUAUGGGUAAUCACUUAACAAGCAUUGGUCGGAGACUGGAUGCCCCACUACAUCCUGCCAAAUCUUCAUCAGGUGGUCUUCUAAAUGGAGAGGUUAGUAGUCGCAGGGACUUUGAUUUGAAUGAUGGCCCUCUUGUUGAUGAGGUGAGUGCUGAACCAUCACCACUUGGCCAGCAUACCCGAAACAUUGUGCCAUCCCAACCAUCCAUUUCUAGCCUUCGGAUGAACAGUACAGAAAUGGGAAACUUUCCCUCCUGGUUUCCUCAAGGGAAUCCUUAUCCUGCUGUCACAAUCCAAUCUAUCUUGCAUGAUAGAGAGCAGCCUUUCCCUGUAGUUGCAACUGGUGGGCCACAGAGGAUGUUGGCUCCCUCUACUGGCAGCAACCCAUUUAAUCCUGAUGUCUACAGGGGAGCAGUGUUGUCAUCUUCUCCAGCAGUGCCGUUUCCAUCUUCUCCUUUUCAGUAUCCUGUCUUUCCUUUUGGGACCAACUUCCCUCUUACCUCGGCAACAUUUUCAGGUGGUUCAGCAUCAUAUGUGGAUUCAUCAUCUGGUGGGAGGCUUUGCUUUCCAACAGUACCCUCUCAAGUAUUAGCACCACUAGGUGCAGUCUCAUCUCAUUAUCCCAGGCCUUCUUAUGCUGUUAACUUCCCAGACAGAAACAAUAUUGGUGCCACAGAAAGCAGUAGGAAAUGGGGAAGGCAGGGUCUAGAUCUCAACGCAGGGCCUCUAGGCCCAGACAUUGAAGGUAGAGAUGAGACCUCAGCUCUUGCAUCGAGGCAACUGUCUGUUGCCAGUUCACAGGCCCUCGCAGAGGAGCGAUCAAGGAUGUAUCAAGUGAGCAGUGGAGGUGUUCUGAAGAGGAAGGAGCCAGAGGGUGGAUGGGAAGGUUAUAAGCAACCCUCAUGGCAGUAG